UCCAGAAUGUCAGUUCCCGACUAAGCAGGUUACAUCAAGAUGAAUCCCAUAAUUCUUUUCUGCCUUAUUGGACUGGCGGCUGCUGUGCCCCUGGAACACAGUGUAGCCGUUAAAACCGAAGGAGUUGUCGGCGUCCAUGAUGCAUCUGGAAAUGUUGUGCCCACAGUCGUCGGCACUACCCCUGUCACGGGCAGUGUCGUACAGUACCCAUAUUACCAAGGAGUGCUGAGGACCACGGGCGUCCAAUACCCAGUCUACCACGUCGGAACCACCGGAGUUCAGUACCCAGUGUACCAGGGAGUCGUCAAGACCACAGGCGUUCAUUACCCAGUAUACCAUGGAGUCGUCCCACAGUCUACUGUCCAUUACGUAUACUAAUCAUACAUCGAUACUGUUCUGAAAAAUAUUAAAGCUUUUUAAAUCACA